AUGCUUAAUGACCCUAUUCUAAAAAAAACUAUAGAGAUACAAACUAUAGAGAUCGAACUCUUACAAUUUGUCGUAAUCUUGUUAAAGAAUUUGAAACAGUUCCAAUCUCUUAUCAAUGAACCGCUUCUUAUAAAGUUGCCUGUGGCCCGCAAUGAAGAGCAUAAG